AUGGCGGAUUUCUCCUACCUCUCUGAUACUGACGAAUCAGCUGUAGAAGAACUUAUAUCUCAAGCACAAGAGCUCUGUGUUCUUGAGCAAGUUUCUGCCAUCAACUGCUCUGGUUUCACCGAUUCUGUACUCCCCACAGAGCUCGAAUGCCGCUUUCGGAAACUCAAAUCGUUCCCAGUUACUAAGCACAAAAGCACAGCUCCAGUAACUGGUUCAGCUCGCCGCAGCUCGAUUGAAGGUAAGGCAGAGCCAGUUUCAGACGAAGACUCUGAGAUUUUCUCACCUUCCAAACAGAACCCAGAUGAGAAAAUGGGUUCCGAUCCGAAAUCAGUAUCUGGGUCUGUCUCAUCUCCUUUGAAUCCCUCAGAAUUUUCAGUAAGAAAGGGGAAAAAAGGUUCAAAGGCGAAACCGAAACAUGGGUCAAUUUCAUCUCCUUCGAAUUCCUCGAACUCCUCUCCGGAAAGCGCAAUUUUCUCACCAUCCAAACAGGACCCAGAUAAGAAGCACCGUCCGAAACCCAAAUCAAAAUCUCGAUCAAUUGCUUCUCCAUUUGGUUCUUGUAACUCUUUGAUGGAUUCCCCAUCGCCGCCAAGAAAAUCGGGUUGCUUCUGGUGUUCCCCAAAGGCAAAAAGGGCUUCUCAAACAAAGAGUAAAGAAAAUGGGGCAAGUGAAUUUCGGGUUGGUCUGAAUUUCAUCGACAACGACGAGCUUUUAACGGAUCUGGGAAGUUUUUCAAAGAAAGAGCAAACGAGGAAGCUGAAGAAGGCAUUGAAAGAGGAAGAGAAGGUUUGCAGAGAGGCUGAGAAAAUUGUGAAGUGGGCUAAGCAGGCGUCUGCUAGAAUGACUCUGACUGGCAUUGAAGACGAACUUAGUGAUGAUUAG